AUGUGUGAUCUCAAAGGGGCUCAUGCUAGUGGUACAACUGGUCGAGGAGUUAUAGGCAAACUCAGCAUGUGGUAUGAUCAGAUCCUAAGUGGUCAAGCUCUCGUCAACUAAUGACUGAAGUAGAUUCCCUAAGCUACGAUUGACAACCUCGGUCUAGCCGUCAAUCUGUGGAUGGUAAGCAAUGGAGAACUUGAGCUUAGUCCCAAGUAAGCUCCAAAGAGUCCUCUGAAAGUGGUUGGUAAACCGUACAUCACAGUUUGAGACUAUAGACUUAGGUAGUCCAUGAAGGCGCACAACCUCUCUAAAGUAGAGGCUAGCGACCUUAGAGGCAUUGGAGGUUUUCGAACAUGACAUGAAGUGUGCCAUCUUUGAAAACCUAUCGACGACCACCAUGAUCGAGUUGUGUCGUCAUGUAGUGUGUGAGAGUCUCAAAAUGAAGUCCAUGUUGUCGUUGUCCCAUGGGUGGGUCGGCACUGGAAGUGAUGUGUAGAGUCCAGCAUUCUUCUUUACCUGCUUGGCGAGUGCGCACACUCGACACUGAGCAACGAUGUUCCCUACAUCGUGCUUGAGGGUCGGCUAGUAGAAUUGGUACUCGAUCGUUGCGAUGGUCUUAUCGCGACUGAAAUGGCCGAAUAGACCUCCUGCGUGACAUUCUCAAGUGAGGAAGUCAUGGAGGGAUGUGUGUGGAAUGCACGUCUACUCUUAAAGAAUAGACAUCCAUUGACCACAAGGAAGUCUUUAUGAUCUCGAGAUGGACCAUCUAAGAGUGCUCAUAGAACAAGGUCGUAGUUUGGGCAAUUUGCGUAAGAAUUUGGUAGGGACUCCAAUCUUGUCAUCUGAACCAUCACGAGGUUCAGCAAGUAGACUCAUCAGUAGAGGACGUCUGCCAUCACGUUCUCCUUGCCCUUCUUGUGAUGAAGGACAAAGGUGAAGUCCUACAAGUACUCGACCAAUCGUGGGUGUCGAUCACUCAGCUUCCGUUGAGAGUGUAGAUACUUCAAGGCCUCAUGGUCCAAGAAGAGCACAAACUCCUUAUAAAGGAGGUAAUGGCACCAGUGUUUGAGAGCCUAAAUGACGGCAUAGAACUCACGAUCGUAAGUGGAGUAUCUAAGCCUUACGUCAUUCAGCUUCUCGCUGAAGUACUCUAUGGGAUGGCCUGCUUGGCUAAGGACACCCCCAAUACUGACGCCCGAGGCAUCAUAAGCGGCUUCAAAUACCUUGCCAAAGUCGAGUAGGCAAAGUAUUGGUGCUUAAGUGAUAAGAGCCUUCACCCAAUUGAAGGCCUAUUCAGCUGUCUCUGUCCAAAGAAAGGUCUCAUUCUUGAGGUAAUUAGUAAGUAGAGCGAUAGCGGAACUAAAGUCCCGAAUGAAGCAACGGUAGAACGUUGCUAGUCCAAUGAAGCUCUAGAUGUCGUGCAUGCUGCCUGGUCGUGCCCAGGUUUCUAUUGUGUAGAGCUUUUUGGGGUCCGUGGAAACUCCUCACUCGAAGAUGACAAAACCAAGGAAAACCUCAAAAGUGAAGAAACUACACUUCUUAGGAUGGGCAUAAAGCUUCUCCUGUCGAAGUGCCUCAAACACCUAUCGUAA